GAGUUAAUUGACGCGUCUUAUACUUUGACCACGAUGGUCUCUGCAAAUGAUGUUCAGCGCCUUUUUCUCCAAGGUGUAUUUUCACGCAGCAUUCUUUCUUUCAAACACGCCCAAGUUCUCUGGGAAAAAUGUAUUGAUGUUGUCAAAGCUGCAAACCCGACAUUGGACAUUCGGUUUUCUGACAAAAGAGAGGACUGGGAUCUCUUUGUGAUCGAUAUCAAUAACUCUCUCAAUUGCAUGGACCUUGAGUUUCGGCAUCUGACAGAUGAACAGACUGGCCGAGAGAUGUAUGCCAUGGUGAACAGUAAGGAUGAUGAAAUAGCACAGAUGGCUACAGAUUAUACACCAGUUGAAAUCGCCUACUUCAAAGCGGUCGUAGAGCAAAUCAUGCUCGCCCCGCAUGAGGCGUACUCUGUAUCCUCAUUACUCGCCCUACGCGAAGUUAGCUCUCUCAAGACAACGAUGACGAAAGCGCAGGCCGAAAUUGUGCUCGGCAGUUUUGUCGCCAAGGGGUGGUUGCUAAAGAGCAGACGAGGCCGUUAUUCGCUCUCAACGCGCACGUUGUUGGAACUCCUUCCAUACCUCAAAAGCUCAUAUCCUGAAGAAUGUCUUGAAUGCGUCAUAUGCUACGAGAUGGUCACCCGUGGUGUCGCCUGCAGCACGCCGAAUUGCAAGGCACGUUUGCACUACCACUGUUGCAAGAAGUAUCGCAGUCGGAAUGCCAAGUGUCCGGCUUGUUCGCAAGAUUGGCCACAGGACUCCAAGAACAUGAUCCCUGUCGGCGAGGAAGCCAUCAAGGACGGUCAGGACGAGGGACGCCGUGUACGGAGGAAAAGUACUGAGGAUGAGAGUGACGAGGAAAACGAAGAAGAAGAAGAGAUGGAAGUGGAGCCCUCGCAACCAUCACAGACUCAGAGUCAGCCGCAGCGAAAUGGUGGCAAAGGCAAGGGCAAAGGCAAAGGCAAACAGAAAAAGCCACCUGUAGAUAUGGAUGUGGACGAGGAUGAAGACGAAGAAGACGAAGAAGCACCACAGCAAACACAAGGAAACCGGCACCGUCGCUCGACGCGCACUCGGUGAUUCCACGAGUAUUAUUUAUUGC